AAGGAAGUCUUCAGUGCCGUUUUGUUUCUGUUCAGCCCACUGCAUGAACUGGAACCACAGACUAGAAAUCAGACCACCUUCCUCCUCUACGAACAAGAGAGUGAGAGAGGAGAGGACCCACCAUGACUUUAAGAUCAGCAGCCAGAGGAUUUCUAGCUUUCCUUCUCUCAGUUCAAGUGCUUCGGGGUAACGGUGACUUGAGAGUUACUUACUCAUCUAGUAAUGUCUGCGCUCUAAGAGGAGCGAUGGUUUACAUCGGCUGCACUUAUGAAUACCCUGACAGCGUACAGUACCGCCCUACAACAGUCAGAACACUGUGGUUUACUGAAGGAGACAACUAUCAGGCUGUUGAUCUGAAACACGAUGCAGGCUAUACAGGUCGUAUUGAAUACAGAUGUGAAGAGGUCAGCUGUACCAGGUCCAGAUGUCAUGGGACAUGUGCCCUGAGAAUCAGAGACCUGAGAUGGAGUGACUCUGCUGUCUACAAGUUUAGGUUCACAACAAACCAACCAGGUGUUGAAUAUACUGGUGAACCUGGAGUGAAGUUAUCUGUUACAGAUCUCCAGGUGAAGGUGUCCUUUCCUUACCCUACCAUUCCUACCUGGACAAAUCUGGAGUGUCACAGUAGGUGUGGUCUAGCUGGGGAUCCUCGCUACAUCUGGUUCAGGAAUGGACAGAAUCUAGGACAGGGAUUGAACAACUUGGUCGUACCUAAGUUUGGAGACAGCUAUUCAUGUGCUGUUGAAGGAUACGCUCUCCGCUCUCCUUCAGUGUACGCUCCAAAGACCCCCUCAGUGACCGUGAGACCCUCUGGUGAACUAGAGGAGGGCAGCUCAGUGACUCUGAGCUGCAGCAGUGAUGCUAACCCAGCAGCUAACUACACCUGGUUCAAGGUUAUUAAUCAGCGUUACUAUAGACACAUGAACCAGGGACCACAGCUCGUCUUUGGACGCAUCCUGUCUACAGACUCUGGACAAUACUGCUGUAUAGCUCAGACUGAGCUAAGGACGUCUGAGUUGAUCUAUAUAUACGUGAAAUAUCGGCCCAAACACACAUCUGUGUAUUCAAGACCCUCUGGUGAAAUAAAGGAGGGCAGAUCAGUGACUCUGAGCUGCAGCACUGAUGCUAACCCAGCAGCUAAGUACACCUGGUUCAAGAACAACCAAUCUCUGCCCUGGGGACCAAGUCAACGUCAUACCUUCACCUCAGUCCGCCCUGAAGACAGAGGAACGUACCGCUGUCACGCAAAGAACAAAUACGGACAACUGAGCUCUAACUCGAUAUCCUUAAAUGUUAAGUUGUGA